GGUGCAGCACUUACAUCACGUGAGUUUGGCACUAGAGAGAGAGAGAAGCAGAAGACGAAAAGCAAUCAAAAAGUCGACAAUGAAGGUGUAGUUAAUCAAUUUUGUGAAGUUUUUUUAAGAACAUCCGCUUUCUGGAGAUAGUGAUUUGUUAAGUAGGUGUGUAAUUAAAAAUUGCAAGGUACUAAAAUGACGGAGUAUUGGUUGAUAUCGGCACCAGGUGACAAGACCUGUCAACAAACAUGGGAGACAUUGAAUAAUUUGACGUCAAAACAAAAUUCUUUGUCCGAUAAUUACAAAUUUCACAUUCCUGAUUUAAAAGUCGGGACAUUGGAUCAACUGGUAGGUUUAUCGGACGAUCUUGGUAAGCUCGAUGCAUUCGUCGAGCAGGUAACACGUAAGGUGGCAACCUACUUGGGUGAGGUUUUAGAAGAUCAAAGGGACAAAUUGCACGAGAAUUUAAUGGCUAAUAACAGUCAGACGUCAAUGGACGGAGAGAACACGAGCCCCGAUGGGGGCAUCGACACACCGCCAAACACACCAGUUACACCUUCACACAAGACCUUCAGGGACCAUCAUCAUCAUCACAGGCAGUGGAGGGACUCGGAUAAAUCAGAACCAGAACCAGGAGCCUGUCUAGGUCAGCAUCAAUAUCAUCAUCGUCAGCAUCAUCAUCAUCAUCGCCACAACCAUCACAAUCACAAUCAUCAUCACCAAAACCAUUAUUCCAAUUCUGAAAAAAAGACAUCAACCAGUUCCCAAGGCGCCUGUGAUGUUCGAACAACAUCAAAUGAUUCGUCAUCGAUGUAUUCGUGCUAUCAUGCGCAUUGGUGCUCUGCUGCUGCUUCUUCAACUCCAUCAACUCCUUCCCUAAGUCCCACUAGGGCAAGUUCCUCUCUCUCCUUUUCAUCCAACUGUAGCAGUGAUGAAGAUGCGAGAUGGCAACAACAUCAUCGGAACAACACUGGCGGACGACGAUCGACGUCCUUUAUUGAUGACGACCCACAUCAUCAUCAUGAUGAUGAUGAUGAACUGGAUGCUGACAAUCUCGACACUGAGGACCAAGACGACAAUCAAGAUCAAGAACAAGAACAUAGUGGCAAUUUGCCAAAUCCAGGUGAUCUUCCAACUUACAUAACACGAUUUCAAUGGGACAUGGCAAAAUAUCCAAUUAAACAAUCAUUGAGAAAUAUUGCGGAUAUUAUCAGUAAACAAGUUGGACAGAUAGACGCUGACCUGAAGACCAAGUCAACCACUUACAAUAAUUUAAAGGGUAGUUUACAGAAUCUGGAAAAGAAGCAAACAGGUAGUUUGCUGACGCGUAAUUUGGCAGAUUUGGUGAAAAAGGAACAUUUCAUUCUUGAAAGUGAAUAUCUAUCUACCCUCCUUGUCAUCGUUCCAAAGGCAAAUUUUCAAGAAUGGAAUAUUGUGUACGAAAAAUUGACGGACAUGAUUGUUCCACGAAGUUCACAACUCAUUACUCAAGAUGCAGAAUAUGGUUUAUUCACAAUAACCCUGUUUAAGAAAGUAAUUGAAGAAUUCAAAUUGCAUGCACGUGAAAAAAAGUUCAUUGUUCGUGAUUUUAUUUACAAUGAAGAAGAACUUGCCGCUGGAAAAAACGAAAUUACUAAACUAGUGACGGACAAGAAGAAACAAUUUGGCCCUCUCGUUCGUUGGUUAAAAGUUAAUUUCAGUGAAUGUUUCUGUGCCUGGAUUCACGUGAAAGCGCUUCGUGUUUUCGUUGAAUCUGUUUUGAGGUAUGGUUUGCCAGUCAAUUUUCAAGCAAUUCUUCUUCAUCCACACAAAAAGAACACAAAACGUUUACGUGACGUUUUAAAUCAACUUUAUGCUCAUCUCGAUUCAUCUGCAACUGCUUCCGGUGGAAAUCAAGAUAGUGUAGACAUUCCAGGCUUGGGUUUUGGCCAGAGUGAUUAUUAUCCCUACGUUUAUUAUAAAAUCAACGUAGAUAUGGUCGACAAUAAAGUUUAGUAAGUAAAUAUUGAAUCGCUGUUAAAUUCACAGCAAGAAGCGGAAUUUGGCGGCAUCGAUUAAUUUAGCUAAUUUUUAUUUCAAGUUCUAAACGAGAAAAAAUCGAUUAUUAUAAUUAUCCUUUACAAAAAAAAAAGAAAAAAAAAUGAUAAAAUCAAUGCACACACUCCCAAAAAAACACGAUUCUGUGUACAUUUAUAUUCUCAAAUAAUUUAUAAGAGAUAUGUUAAAAAUUGUAAAGAAAAAAAAGAAAAGAAAUUAUACGGUUCUCAGGUAUAUAAUUAAUUUAUUCUAUUUGCAAAUGCAAAACAAAGAAAUCAAUUAAGAUGGGAAAUAAUAUUUUUAUAUAGUCGUUAACAAAAUAUGUAUAGUCGGGCACCGAUGCAUAAUACCUUUAAAAAAGAAAUUAAUGUCAAUGUAUCUAUUUGUACAAAAAAUAUAGAAAAAAAGAGUUCAUAUUUCAAAAUAUGUUUCCCAGUUCGAAAUUUUAAAAGUAUUAAAAUAAUUUUCCGUCAAAUAUAAUAGAGAUGUAUUCUUUUCUUUGAAAUUUUAAAUAUUUUUUUCUUUGAAAUAUAUAAUUUUGAAUUGUAUGAAUAAUAAACUAAAUACUUCGAAUAUUGUAAGAAAUAGAAAUAGUAAUCUCAAAUUUUAAUUGACAUACAUAUUUAUAAGAAUCGCAUUAUUAAUUUUUCAUGAAAAUACUAUUUUUUUCCGCAUUAAAUCCUGUUUAAUUGAAUUAAUUAUAUAAUUAUAAUAAAUUUUAUUUGCAAAAUUAUUUUUUUACAAGUAAAAUAAAAAAAAAGUAUAAAACGAUUUUAAUUGUAAUUAUAAUAAUUUUAAUUAAAGUUAAAGCAAAAAAUUUUAAUUUGCUUUAAAGAAAAAUUGUUUUUAAUUCCGAAAGAGAUAUUUUUAUCAGUAUUUUCAAGUGAUUAUUAAAAUAGAAAAAAAACAUGUACACAGAAACUGUAAAAAGUCAUAUAUAAAAACUAAGUAUUGGAAGAUUUAUAAUUUAAGGAUUAAUUUCAUUGUAAAUAGCCAAUGAAAUUAGAGAUCGGAAAAAAAUAUAUAUAUAUUUCAUAAUUCGUUCAUAGUAUAAUAAUUUUCUUUUCAAGAAUAUAGUAUUUUUAUUAGUUUAGAUGCCAUUCCAAGUUUUAUAAUCAUAUUUGCUUUUACACAAAGAACUAGAAUAUUUGAAAAACAAAUAAAAAAUCUAACAAGCGUUAAGGGCAGUUGUUGCAUUCGCACGAACUUGAAAAUGAUAAUGACGUACAUUUUUUUUUGUAUAAAAAAAAUAUAAUUUUAACUCGAAUACGCACUAAUGCAUAACAAAUUAAUAUUGUAAUUAUUUUUCUAUCGUAACAGAUGAAAAAUUCUGAGACACUGUAUCUAAAUAUUUUUGAUUGGCAGAUUCUGAUUUCUUUUCUAAAUAGUGAAUUAUUGAAUUUUUUAAUGAUUUUGUCGACUGCAAUGUUUGGGUUUUUUAAAUUCAAGAAAUAGAAGUCAACGCUUUUAGUUAAUUUUUAACAUUACAAUUUUGUUUCAAUAAUUGAUGACAAUACAGUGUGCGUUAUUUGUAUAUUAUUAUUAUCUUGUUAUGAUUAUAAUUGUGAAUGUUGUUUUUAUUUGUAAAAAUAAUUGAAUGAAUGAAUGAAAAAAAAACGUUAAAUAAAUGAACUGUUGUAAGUUGUAGAUAUCGUUAUAACGUGACUCUUUUGUUUACCAUAAAUACUUAUGCAUGUACUAUAAACAUGUACUGUAUAAUUAUAAAUAAAUUAUGUUGCGUUAAA